CACCCUCUGUGAUCCACAGCAUCUUAUUGGCUGUCUUGUCAUCCAGGGAAAGGUUGAUCCAGUCUGUGGGAUGUCAAAAAAUGUGGAGUCGAGAAGAGAAACUAUGAAUUCUGAAGGGCGCACCUGCCUCAUCCCUGGAGCUCACCAUGUUGCACCACCACGUUUCAACAGAAGCCUAGAAUGGACAGCCAAACACUGGUAUAUAAGAGUGGCAUUAAGCUGUCACACUCUUAAGCCAACAGCGACUCAUCAUACUCAGAGAGACCAGUGACAACAGCGCUGAGACAGGCUCACCGCAGCAGCUAAAAGCAUCCAAAUCAAGAUGCCCGCCACCACAAGAAUCAUCUCUGAUUCCCGGAUGUCAGAUAAAGGAAAAAAAGCCAAAGCUGGAAACACACCCACAGAGAGGAUCCCAGCCUAUGAGCCAAAUAUCCCAGAGCCAAAAUGCAGAGCUGAUCUCAUUAAGCACUGGUUCAGCCUUUCCAUGGAUGACAAGACAGCAAAUAAGAUGCUGUGGAUCGGAGAGGACGGUGCUAAGGUGGCCCGUAUGACAGAUGAUGUCACUUGUCCCGUCUUGGAUAGACCAGAGCGAUAUGAGUAUUCUCCACAGGUUCUUUGCAAAGAAGGCAUCCUGGGCUUCCGAGGCUACUGGGAGGUGGAGUUCACCGGGUGGGUCGUGGUCGGAAUCGCGUAUGAACGAGCAGGAAGGAGGAACAGCGACGGAUCUUGUGGCCUGGGAGAGAACGAGGAGUCCUGGGGUCUCAGCUGGUGUGGAUCCUGCUAUCAGGCUUGGCACAAAGGCCGCAAUGAAGAUAUCACGGAGAUUCCCAAGUACACCACAAUCGGUGUAUACCUUGACCAGCCUGCUGGUAUCCUUAGUUUCUAUGGUGUGGAGGAGGUGAAGGAGGGAGAGGAGAGCACAGGGGAGAAGGAGGUUAGACUUGUGUGGCAGGUUAAGAGCUCUUUUCAGCAGAAGAUGAUACCAGGGUUUUGGUUGGGCCCACAGUCACAGUGUUUAAUUAUAAAAAAGGAGGAAUAAAGGACUAAAUCAACAUCAUGAUAUCAUAUCUGAAGUUAGGGUUAGGGCUAGUGGAACUGCCUCAUCCUUUUAUAAUAAUGUAUAUGUAUUUUUGUUACUGUUUGUGAAGAAUGUACAGGGUUAUCUAGUUUGGAAUGAAUGAAUGC